AUACUAAAAAAAAUAAUUAAAUAAAGGUGAAUGUGGCUAGGGUGGGGGGUACAAAUUGAUUUUAUUUUUUAUUGGCGUCUUGUUAUUAGUUGCUUCGCUUGUUUUGGGGUGUUUUUCUGCGAGACCAAGCUAUCUUUAUUUGUGAUAAAUUUUUACUUUAUGAUAAAUUUUUCAUGUUUGUAAUUGUUAAUAGAUUUGUUGUAAUUGUUAAGUGUUUCAAUUCUUAUCAAAGUUGCCUAAGUGCCAAACUAAUUCACCCGCACAUUCACAAUUCUAAUUCUAGGUUGAGUCAAGAUCAGUUUCUAUUUAACUAGAAAGAAAUCUGAUUAAAUAAUUAUUUAAUAUUUCCUAUAUUGAUUGGUACUUCUGCUUUUCAAAAUCAGAUUCGUGAAGAUUCGAAACUUUGAAGCAAGCAUGGCGGCCUGCAAAAAUAUAAUAGAUAAAAAAUUUAUAUUAAAUAAUGGAGUAGAAAUGCCAGCUAUUGGAUUGGGGACUUAUCGUAUCAGAGGAGAAGAACCUGUAAUUAAAGCAGUAGAUUUUGCCUUGGCUGCUGGAUAUCGCAUGUUUGAUACCGCUGCAGUUUAUGGUAAUGAGAGUUAUUUAAAAAAUGCAUUCCGCUUAUUACUACCAAAAUAUGGUCUUGAGAGAGAGGAUAUUUUUAUUACAACUAAACUUUCCCCAUCUGAUCAUGGGAGUCGACCAAUCACUACUAGAGCUUACAGGCAGUCAUUGGAGAACCUAGGCGUAGACUAUGUAGACUUAUAUUUAGUUCAUUUUCCUGGCACUGCUAGAACUUCCUCGGAUGACACAAUUAAUAUUAAAAUACGUGAUCAGACUUGGGCUGGAUUGGUUUCACUUUAUCGACAGGGUUAUAUAAGGGCUAUUGGUGUAUCAAAUUAUACCGUAAGGCAUCUUCAGCAAUUACUCUCUUCUAAUCAUGGCGUGAUUCCAACUGUUAAUCAGGUUGAAUGGCAUCCUUACUACCAUCAAAGUGAACUUCUGGAAUAUUGUAAGAAGAAUAAUAUUGUUGUUCAAGCUUACUGCUCAUUAGGCGGUACUUCCGCUGCUAAUAUGAGUUUAAUGAACGAUCCGUUGGUGAACAAUAUUGCAAUAAAGCUAGGUGUUACUUGUGCUCAAAUACUUUUAAAAUGGGCACUACAACAAGGAGUCGCUGUGAUACCAAAAUCGACUAAUUUUGAGCGCAUGAAGGAAAAUACGGCCCUUAAUUUCACUAUACCAAAUGGGGAUCUCGAAGCUCUUAAUGCAUUAGGAGAACGCAACACUAAAUAUGCUUGGGAUCCUAGUAUUGUAUCUUAAGUCUUCUCUUUUAUAUUAAUACAUUUUGCAAUUGUAUCAGUUUCAUUACCGAUAAUAUUGGUAAAGUAUGGCUAUAGACAGGGUCAUUAAAACAAUGAUAUGUCGGUGCUUAACAAUUGUAGUAUUUAUAAAAAAAAAACUCAUUAAUCAGUCCGAAGUUAACUCAAAAUAUGAUUGUGAUGUAUUAUUAGGUUAGAUAUAUUACCUAUGUCGUAAAUGUGAUGUGAUGUAAAGUUUUCCAUCAGAAUGAUUCUUUAUACGAUACGAUAUGUUAAUUAUAAUUUAGUACUUAAUUAUUUAGGAAUGUUGUCACAUAUUAAGUAACUUCAGACUUAUAUUAUAUAAGACUUGAUUGUUAUUUUUAUUGUGAUUAACUAAUUAUUAAGUUACAAAAAUACUCUAUAAAUCAUUUUUGUUGAUAAAUACAAUAUAAUUGUGUUAUUGUUUAGUUGUAUAAAAAAUAUUGUAAUAUAUAACUCGACAGAUUCUAUAGUAUAUCCUAUUUUGGUGUUACCUGAAGUCAUUGUUUAAUUUUAAACAAUGAAAUAAAUAUAUGUAUUGAUUGCAUAUUUACAUAUGAUUAGUUACUACCAUUUAAAA